GGAGAUUACAAUAGGAAAAAAAUUAUUGAUUAAUUUAAAUUUUGUAAUAUUAAAUUAAUUCGAUGGAAUUUUCACUUUAAAAAGGGGAUUUUUUUUGAAAUAAUAAUAAUAAUAAAUAUUAAAUAAUAAACCAAUGGGAUUUUGUUGCGCUGAGCUGUGCGUUGCUGCUAGGUGGAAUUAGGGUUUGGAAUUGGGGUAAGAACGUUGAAUCCUAAUCAGACAAGCUGAGAUUUUUCAGGGAAUCAUGGAAAGUUCAAAUCAAAGCGCCAACCUUGAUGACGAUGAUAUCGCCAUAACCACAAUACCUUCGACUGUAAACGCGUACCUUAGUCCUUCUUACUGGGAUCAAAGGUUCACCAAGGAAGAGCAAUAUGAAUGGUUCAAGGAUUAUUCCCAUUUUCGCCACCUCAUUCAACCCCAUCUCACACCUCAUUCCUCUGUAUUAGAGCUUGGAUGUGGAAACUCUCAAAUGUGUGAAGAAUUGCAUAGGGAUGGGGCAAUCAAUAUAACAUGCAUUGAUUUGUCAACUGUUGCUGUGGAGAGGAUGCAAAAGCGGUUGCUUUCGCAGGGAUUAAAAGACAUCAAAGUGCUGCAAGCUGAUAUGAUAGAGCUACCUUUCGAAGAUGAAUGUUUUGAUUUGGUUAUUGAGAAGGGAACUAUGGAUGUAUUGUUUGUGGACAGUGGCGACCCAUGGAAUCCGAGGCCUGAAACUAUGUCCAAGGUUAUGGCAACAUUGAAAGGAGUUCACAGGGUUUUGAAAGCAGAUGGCACAUUUAUCUCAAUAACUUUUGGCCAGCCGCAUUUCCGACGCCCUAUAUUUAAUGCGCCGGAGUUCAGCUGGUCUGUUGAGUAUGCUACUUUUGGUGAAACCUUCCACUAUUUUGUCUAUGUUCUGAAGAAGGGAAAGAGGUUAUCAUAUGAUGAUGUACCUGUUAAGAGGUUUGAAGCAGCGCCAAUUAAUCUAUUUCAUGAAGAGUUAGAAAGUGAAGAUUUUGCUUUUAGAAUUAAUGUUGAUGAAUUGAACUGUUAAGAGUGUAUUAUUGGAAGUUUUGUUUAACAAUUUUGAUUCACUUGCUUUGAAGGAUGGAAUUAAGUUACCCAUCACAUUUAGACAUAUUGAUGUUGUACUAAUGUAGUAAAUUCUAUUGAAAACUAA